CUCCUUCCCCUCCUUUCCCUAGCUGUGCCUUUUCACAAUACUGUAUCUUCCUCGCACAGAUCCCUUAAAUCAUACCUCACUGAAAUCUCAAUCAGAACUCCUAGCGACUGAACGACAGCAUGUCGGGUGGCAAAUACAUAGACGAGGAGGGUGUACUGUACACUUCGCCUAUCAUCCGAGAUCAAGGUAACAUCUAUAAGCCCAACAACAAGAUCAUGGCUGACGAGUACGCGAGCGAGAAGGCUGAGCGUGAUGCCCACACCAAGGAGAUCGACCUGGUCAACAGGGACCCCAAGCACCUCAAUGACGACGUGGUUAAGAUUGAUUUUGAAGAUGUGAUUGCUGAACCUGAAGGAACUCACAGUUUUGAUGGUAUCUGGAAAGCCAGCUUCACCACAUUCACCGUCACAAAAUACUGGUUUUACCGCUUGCUGUCGGCAAUCUUUGGCAUCCCGCUGGCUCUCAUCUGGGGCAUAUACUUUGCCAUCUUGUCAUUCCUGCACAUCUGGGCAGUGGUGCCAUGCAUACGAAGCUACUUGAUCGAGAUACAAUGCAUCAGCAGAGUCUAUUCCAUCUGCAUUCACACCUUCUGUGACCCCCUGUUCGAAGCCAUUGGCAAAGUCUUCAGUUUUGUCCGAAUUACCGUUCGCAAAGAAGUAUAGGUGACGUUAACUAAGAGGAAAAGGUCACAUUCUGAGUGUCAGUUUUCAACUGCAGAGAUUUUUGGGCACUGACAUAAGAUCAAAGAAAACACUAGAUGAGUUUAUAUCAGAUGCAAUGUAAUUAUCAGAAUUUGUAUUGUCUUUAGGAAGUUGACAUUUUGUGAAACAAUUCAUAUGUUGACAGCCAUAUGUGUGUGAAAUACUGUUUUGUUUACUUUCUAUGCACCUUGUACUUACAUGUAACACGUAUAUUGGUGCAGCACAGAGACUAAGAAAUCCAACAAAAUCAUGCUGAUAUUUUCUAUGACAAUUUUUGGGUGUGAUGCAUAGAGCUAUUGCAGUGGAAUGAUCUAUGCAGCUUGGCAGGUUGUGAAAGAAUGUUCUUCCCAUUGUAUUAUCAGCUAACUGCUGUAGUUAAAUUCACUGGUUUGAUUUCCGAACCUUUGAGUGCCAGAGGGUGACUAUCACGUUGUAUUGUAGUUUGUAGGUCACCUCUCUAGUACGUAAAGGGUUUUCUGAAAUAAGGCUACACAGUUUUUGCAGAAUAUUGACUAUCACUGAGAAUGUAAUAAGCCAACAAUGCUUACAUUCUGUGCAAUCACUAUCUUUAACCUCCUAGUCAAGUAGAUCAUCUCAUUUCUAGUGAGAUUUCUAAAUUCAGUGAUUCUAUGGAUAGCGUAAGGCAAUACCUUGGCACUAAUGCAUGCUACUGUAUACAAUGUACCGAGAACAUUGACCAUAAUGGAGCAAAGACACAGCUUUAAGACAUUUCUUGUGCCCUUUACCAGCUUCUGAUAAAGCGAUAAAGGCUAUGUACAGUAUUUUUGCAAAUAUAUAUUUUUCUACCUGUUCUUGCCAAAACAGCAGAUUAUUCGAGAGAGGCAAGAUCAUGACACCUUCCUCCAGCAUACCCCAGAGUGUUAUACUGCUAACAAUACUAUUUCACUGUGAUCCUAGCUGCCCUAGUAUCAGAUAUCACUGCUGCCUCUAAUGUUUACACCAAUUCAUUUUUGUAAAAAAUGGACACUGGGAAACCAUCUGUUUUUAGUAUUAUCUCAAUUAUCCAUCCAAAAAAGUUGAGAUUUCUAUUGGAUGGUUGACUGCAAAACUAUCAAGAAUUUUGUAUUCUUGAGAUAAAAACUCUAGUAUGUUCAUGGAUAUUAAAUGUGUGAUAAUAAAUGCAUCUAUGGCUGUUGCUAAGCCAGCUUUUUAAUAUAAAUAUAUAUAUUUUAUUUCCAUUGAUUUAGUUGCUUACUUGUUACACUACAACAACACUUUUUGCAUCUGAUGUACAUGCCACUGCUUGGUUACUACAGUCAAACUAAUGUUUGUGUUACUUGCAAUUUUCAUUUAUAUAAAGUGAAUUAUAAAGUGAAA